AGAGGUGCAGGUAACAAGCGUCGCGCCGUUGAUGCAUUCGCUAAGAAGGAGUGGUACGACUUGAAGGCUCCUUCCGUCUUUGAGACUCGCAACAUCGGUAAGACAGUCGUCAACCGUUCAGCCGGUCUCAAGAACGCCGACGACAGUCUUAAGGGACGUGUCAUCGAGCUCUCACUUGGUGACCUCAACAAGGAUGAGGACCAAGCAUUCCGUAAGAUGAAGCUCAAGGUUGACUCCAUCCAAGGCAAGAACUGCUUGACUUCCUUCUACGGUAUGGACAUGACCUCUGACAAGCUCCGUUCAUUGGUCCGUAAGUGGCAAUCACUCAUUGAGUCACACGUCGAUGUCCGUACAACUGAUGGUUACUUGGUUCGCUUGUUCGCUAUCGCUUUCACCAAGCGUCGUCCACAACAAGUCAAGAAGACCACCUACGCAAAGUCAUCACAAAUCAGAGAAAUCCGUAAGAAGAUGUUCGAAAUUAUGACUAGAGAAGCUGGUUCAUGUGACUUGAAGCAAUUAGUUCAAAAGUUCGUCCCAGAAGCUAUCGGACGUGAAAUUGAGAAGGCUACACGUAACAUUUACCCAUUACAAAACGUCUUUAUCAGAAAGGCAAAGAUCUUGAAGUCACCAAAGUUCGAAUUAGGUAAAUUAUUAGAACAACACGGUGGUGUCCAAGCCGCAACUGAAGAUGCCGGUGUCAAGGUCGCAAAGGGUACUGACUUUGUUGAGCCAGCACCACUCACUUCAGUUUAA